AGGUUUGGGGUGCUGAUGAGCUCUUGCCUCCCCCAGGACAUCAGGUGCCCAGCUAGCCAUCUGGUAGAAUAAAGAACACGGGCAAUCUCUGGAAGAGCUAAGGAAGAAAGCUUUCCCCCCAAUUCAUCAGAAAAGUAGCAAUCAGUUCUUCUUGGGAAGCAAAAACUGGCUGGCAAGUAGCACAGGGCCUCUUGCCCACAGCACCCACCUCCUGCUGUGCUGUAAGGAGCAGUGCAGCCAAGAGUGCGGCCAUGAUCAGCCCUAGCAGCAGCUCAAAUUGUGUGGACGUCUGCUGUGCUUCCAGAGACACAGUUCCCCUUGCAACUGCUUUCCCUUCACUUCUCUGCUAUUGGGCUCUGCACAGGACAAACGAAUGGCUACUGUGCCAGACUAUUAUAAGCUUUUAGAGGUUCCCCGGGAUGCCUCUGACAACGAUAUCAAAAAGGCGUACAGGAAGAAAGCUCUGCAGUGGCACCCAGAUAAAAAUCCAGAGAGGAAGAAAUAUGCUGAGCAGAAGUUCAAAGAAGUUACAGAAGCCUAUGAAGUCCUGUCAGAUAAAUUCAAACGUGAACGGUAUGACUGCUAUGGGGAUGGACUCACAGCAGCAGCAGUUGCGGAGGAAGAUUUGAAAUUCACCUUCCGCAGCCCCUGGGAUGUUUUCCGAGAAAUGUUUGGGAGCUCAGAUGCCUACUCUGCCAAGAAGGAAGAAGACAUUCCAUGGUACUUACGAGGCCCCUUAUUUUCCAUCUCUAUUUCAGAAGACUCAGGUGUUUCCAUAACAUUUGGCCCCAAAAGAUCACUAUGUUUCUUCUCCCUCGAUCCUAAAGUCUUCAAUUUAAAACACAUCAUAAACCAAAAAAAAUCCCCAGACAGUGAUGCUGAGCAAGUAGAAGCUAAGGAUGAUAGAGAACUGAAGUCUGCUACAGCUUCUGGUGAGCAGGAGGAAAGCAGCAAUGUAGAAGCAGCAGACAGUGACAUCCAGGCAGAGUAUGAAUCAGUGCCAGAAUACAAGGACCAUGAUGGAUGUGGGAUGGAACCCGAGUGUGAAACACCUGAUGAAGAUGAUGAGACCCUUGAGGGAUACGAGUCCUAUAGGUGGAACAACCCAUGUGGGGCAUAUGAGGCAGGGGGGGACGAGGAAACUUAUGCCUACCCUUCGUGUUCCAUGUACGAAUCGCAAUACGGAAGCCCCUCAUACCCUGCCUAUGAGUCAUCUGCCAGAUGCACAUCUCCUCUGCUGUAUGCAAGGAAAAAUGGGGCACAUUAUAAAUAUGUGUCCUCUCCUGUAUAUGAUCCGCAAAACGCCUACAAGACUUCUAACCUCUAUGAGUCACAAUACGACUGCGAAUGCUCUCCUGAUUAUGAGGGGCAAUACGAUUAUGAAUUUUCUUCCUCACAGGAGUCACCGUAUGGAUAUGAGCCCUCCGCAGGGUACAAGUCUCAAUAUAGGUAUGAUAACUCUCCUCCAUAUGAGUGGCAAUAUGGAUAUGAGGCCUCUCCAACGUAUGAGGUGCAAUAUGGGUUCAAGAACUCCCCUGUGUAUGAAUCUCCCUACGAAUACGUAUCCUCUGCUACAUAUGAGUGGCCCACAGGGCAGAAUGACCCACAGCCCAAGUUUAUCUCGGUUUCGGAAUACGAGUUGCCUGCUAAUUGGAACAAAUCACAGAAGGAAGGCAAGUCGUAUGCUGGGGGCAAUGAAACGUGUGACAAACUGGAUCCAUCUACUGGAGGUAAUGAUGAUGCUCAAGGACGGAAGCCAGUCCAUGGAAGCAAAGUCUCCUUGGAUCACACUGAAACAACAGUCAGCUGCAUCCGAGCAACUGCUGGAAGUACAGCACUCGCUUUGCCUUCUGAGGAGCAAGGCAACAGCCAGCUGAAUCAGCUACCAAAUGGAACCAGGAAGCUGUUACUGGAUGGCUCCGAUGGACUUCUGGGUGGCAUGAAGAAAUUCCUGGAUGGGACCAAGAGGCUCUUGGGUAGAGGGAGCCAACUUUCAAAAGAGCCGCUCCCAGAAGGAGCCAGGUGGACCAGUGGUAUGAGCCAGCUCCCUAACAUCUACAGCCCACCUCAGAGGGGGCUAAGGCCGUUGCACGGUGGAGGCAACCAUCCCCAGUAUGGAAACAGUUUAUUUCUAGACAAUGCCAGCUGGCCCAAAGGUGAAAGGAACCCAUAUCUGCACAGAGCAGUCCAGCCGCAUGUCCCAAGAGGAGCCUACUGGCCACGUGGAGGAGGAAUGACGCCUCAUCUUCCAGAUAUUUCCAACAGGCUCCUGAGCAGAGUAAAUAAGCUCCCCCCUGGCAGGUGCAAUUUUUCUGCCUUGCCCUCCCAUUCCAGCUGCUCCUAUAACUCCUAGACUGAGGAGAAUCUAUAAAUCCUGGAGCUGGAGAGAUGCAUAAUAAACGGUGGAAGUGAAAAA